AUGUCAACAUCUCCGGGCGACUCCAACUCUGUAACACAAUCACCAGCCACAGAUGGUGCAGGCGAUGGCUCGCGCACGUCACUGCCCGCGUUAAUCUGGGUCUCCUUCUCUAUCGCCAUCGGUUUACCUCUCAUCGUCGCUGGAUUACGUUUAUGUCAAUGGAGGAUAUCGCAGGCGGUCGGGAUCGCUCUAGCUUUGGGCGUAUCUGCGUGGGCCGGAUUAAUCAAUACGACGACUGCACCUGGCAUCAGCGAUACUCUGCUCACCUUAAUCGUCUGCGGACUCAUGGGCGGAGGAUUCGCACUCGGCUUGUUCUCCUUCAUGCGCAUCGGCGGAAUAGUGUUGCUGAGCCUGCUCGGUGGAAUCGCGUUUGGUCUCCGCAUCGUUCUCUUGAAGGAUGACCUCCUCAUCCCCCUCUUUGCUAUCAACUGGGUCCUCGUUGCCGUCAUGGUUCCGCCAAGUCUGGCGCUAGUGAUCUGGAGGCCAAGGAUUGGCACGCUAUUCGGCGUCACAUCCACUGGGACCUUCCUCAUUGCACUCGCAGUGGAUCUCCUACUACACACGACGACUUCCAUGAGUGUGGGCCUUCGCAUCCUAUUCGACGGGAACUCUUCACAUAUCGAUGCCAUCGCUGCACUAUCCUACGCACCUCCAUUGACGACACAGAUCACGUUGGGAGUUUCACUGGCGCUCACACCGAUUCUCUCCUAUCUACAACACAAGAUGUUCCCUGCACCGUCAUCGCGCAAUAGCAUCCUCAGCAUAUCGAACUGGGAGUCGUCCGCCGCUGUCGCGGCCAACUUAGAUUUGUCACUCGGGUCGCGUUCGGAGUAUUACUCCUCGAACGCAGAGAAGGGUGCCCUACGUCGGGGUUCAGGUCCAGCCAGUCGAUUCAGCUUCUCGUAG